CCCCUAGCCUGGGAACUUCCAUAUGCCACAGGUGUGGCCCUAAAAGGAAAAAAAAAACAUAUUCAAGGAAUAAAUAGACUAGUAUGGACCCGUACCUGCCGGAGGUAAGUUUAGUGGCAGCCCCUUUUCUAGCACUCACUGUGUGUCAGACAGGGGGCCAGCCACUGGACACAGGUGAAUCUGCUGAAUCCUCACCAUGACCUCAUGAAGUGGUUUCUGUCAUCAUACCUUGGUGUCCUUGUGGCACAGGGGUUCAGGGACUUGCCUGAGGUCAGACAACGGUGAGAAGGCGGAGCCUUGGUUCCCGCCAGCAGCCCAGCUCCAGAUCCCAGGUGCUUAAGCACAAUGCUGUGCCAGCCCCCCAGGCAGACAGUAGGUGCUUAAUAAGUGUGCAUGGGAUGGGCACGUAAGCCUGCACAGGCGUCUCGGAUGCCAGCAGUCUGGGGGGCCCCGGUCUCCAGUGGGAGCAGGAUGCUCUGGUGGGUCCCCCGCUCUACUCGGUAAUUACUCUGGUGCCCUCAGGAUGCUGGAAGAUUGCUCUGAGAUGCAGCCCAUCUUUCUUGCAGGCGGCUGCAGCAUUUACCUCCACUGUCACGAAACGUGUUUUCCCUUGAGGGGGUGGUUAUUGGUAUUUAUAGAGCGUCUUAUAGCUGAAGCGCUCCAGAAGCAAUAAUUACCUCUUUAAUCCUUUUAGCAUCUCUCUGAAGAGAGAGAAGUGAACUGGGAUCAUCUGCUCCCGUCCCGUCCCCUCUCCCCGCUUCUCUCCAGUCCUGCCCCCGUGGUCUUCAGAACACACUCGGCAGCAAUGUGAUGGAGCAGCGGGCCUUGGAGGGAGUGAGGCAUUUCUUGCAUUUGCCGAUCGGAGCCGGGCGGACGUGUAGGGAUCACGGGUGGGGCCCUGAGGUCAACUCACCUGCAUUCCCACUCCCUUUGUGCCACCUGGUUGCUAAAUGGAGAAAUAGCUUUCUCCUGCUCAAGAAAUCGCCCCAGCCACCGUCCCUGUUCUCAGGCUCAAGGAAACAAAGUUGCAAUAAUAGAAUUUUUUUGUUCCUUCCAAGCAGUGAAUUCUUUUGUCUUGGCAGCUACAGUGUUCAAGAGGAGCUAUUCAGAGGACUAGCAGAGAGAAUAAAAAGGGAUGAGGUCUGGGAAACUUCUUUUUGGCAUUAGUGGGUUUUUCCAUAUGCGUGUGUGUGUAUUACACACACAUUUGCAUCUAUGCCUGCUUUCAAGCCAAGCCUACGGGGCCCGCAUGCUAAACAGCUUGUGAUUGUGACUGUCUUUUGUUACAGGGAUGUAAUCCGAAUUCAGUAGCAGCACCUGAAGAUAUACCACAAGGAGAUAAGGCUAAUUUUGCUCAUCUGAACUCACCAGUGGGGUGUCAUGAUGGUGCUAGAGGGUUCUUUGGUUUAUUCCAAUGUUUUCUGUUACUAAGGGCUCAGUCAAGCCUCGAUCAAUAAGAUUCUGGAAUUGUUAGGAUUCAGGAACUAUUCAGAUUUUAGGGUCUCCCGUGUCAGGGUUGUUAGCAAUCUUUUCUCUGGAUGGAUGGUGGUGCUAGCUAAGUGUGCAAGAGAUAAUACAUUUGGAGAAAUAUCCUUGGCUUCCUGUGCCUUUUUUUUUUUUUUUUCUCUCUUGAUCCUUGCUUAUGAUAAUUUCUGGCUGGAUUAGCAUCCCUCUUGCUGCCAUGAACUAUCUCUGCAUGGCCACUUCCUGUGUGUGGAGCUGGUGGAGCCCUGAAUUCCAGGCUUUGGGAGACUCCAGUCUGCUGGUUGAAGGGCCAUCAUGCAGUCUCAUGCCCUUGUUUUAAAAUAUUUUAAUCUGGUUUCUUAACUGGGGACCAGAAGCUGCCUGUUCAGGCUGGUGCAUCCAGCCAAGGUCAUGAGACCUGGAGAGGGCAGGGCGGAGUUGGCAUCCUGAAUGCUUCACUCAGCACCUCUGCAUGUGACUGUCACUCAGCAGCUUUGUCAUCAGAAAGACAUCACUAUGGCACCUGGGUGCUGAGCUCCGGCUCCCCCGCCGGGCAUCAUCCUCCCUGUUCUGUUCUCAGCACUGGGGUCCCUUCUCUCCUCUCCUUGUGUGCCUUCUCUGCAGCCAGGCACAGCCCGUCACCACUCGCCUUGCUGCUCCACGUCCCAGGAAAAGAGAAGGUCUUCCGUAUGUAUUAUUAGGAGAAAGGAGGAUCCGAGAACAGGGCAGCUGAGUUAAGACCUUUGGAAAUUGGUCCUACGGGCUGUCUUUCUCUGGGGAGGCAGAGAUCAGAGAAGGAGCGUUAUCCCCCACACAAUGAGACAGCAGAGCCAAAGUUCUGGGAAGCGCCAGGAAAAUCAGGGAGCUCUUUCAAGCCGGCCGAGGGAAGCCAGCAGGGAUGUGACGUGCGCUGGGGAGGAUGAGCUCAAGCAAGGGGCCCGCCUGCGGUGGACGCAAUGACCUCCCUGGGCCGCCGACGUGGAGAGCGGCUUCCUGGGGGUGGCUCCUGCAGUUCAGCCUGGUCUCUGCCUCCCCCCACCUCCCCCGUAGACGUUCUCCUGCUUUCUAGCCUGUGUCGUGUAGCUUCAGUGGGGAGGCCUUUCUGCAGCUGCUCCUGGAGUGACCAUGACCCUGGAGUGGAGCACGUGCCCAGGGACGUGGGGCAGGUGUGAGCCGGAAAGGGAGGACCUGCGCUCGCUCGCUGCGUGCACAGCUGAGGCUCCUACCGUGCUGGCCGCGGCUUUGCUCCUCUGACCCCAGCCUUUUUCUUUUAUCUCCCUAAUUCCCACCCCGCGCAGAAAGGUUUCCUUGUCAGAUUCCUGUGCAGAGCAAAGAGGAUCCUGCCUGAAAGAAAUGCUGUAACAUUCUGCACAUUUUCACUGCUACCCAUAGGGGCAUUUGUACAGAAGAAUGCAAACAGGCCUGAAAUAGAAUGUAUUGCGGGGCGUUUUCUGAAGUGGUCUUAGCGGAAGAGAAGGCAACUGGAAAACUGUUUGCGGUGAAGUGUAUCCCCAAGAAGGCGCUGAAGGGCAAAGAAAGCAGCAUAGAGAAUGAGAUAGCCGUCCUGAGAAAGAUUAAGCAUGAAAACAUUGUGGCCCUGGAAGACAUUUAUGAAAGCCCGAAUCACUUGUACUUGGUCAUGCAGCUCGUAUCUGGUGGAGAGCUGUUUGACCGGAUAGUGGAGAAGGGAUUUUACACAGAGAAAGAUGCCAGCACUCUGAUCCGCCAGGUCUUGGAUGCCGUCUACUAUCUGCACAGAAUGGGCAUCGUCCACAGGGACCUCAAGCCCGAAAACCUGUUGUACUACAGUCAAGAUGAGGAGUCCAAAAUAAUGAUCAGUGACUUUGGACUGUCCAAAAUGGAAGGCAAAGGAGACGUGAUGUCCACAGCCUGUGGGACCCCAGGCUACGUCGCUCCCGAGGUCCUCGCCCAGAAACCCUACAGCAAAGCUGUCGACUGCUGGUCCAUUGGGGUGAUUGCCUAUAUCUUGCUCUGCGGCUACCCUCCUUUCUACGACGAAAAUGACUCCAAGCUCUUCGAGCAGAUCCUCAAGGCGGAGUAUGAGUUCGACUCUCCCUACUGGGAUGACAUCUCUGACUCUGCAAAAGACUUCAUUCGGAACCUGAUGGAGAAAGACCCAAAUAAAAGAUACACAUGUGAGCAGGCAGCUCGGCACCCAUGGAUCGCCGGUGACACAGCCCUUAGCAAAAACAUCCACGAGUCCGUCAGCGCCCAGAUCCGGAAGAACUUCGCCAAAAGCAAGUGGAGACAAGCGUUUAAUGCCACGGCCGUCGUGAGACACAUGCGGAAACUCCAUCUUGGCAGCAGCCUGGACAGUUCAAAUGCAAGUGUAUCGGGCAGCCUCAGUUUGGCCAGCCAAAAAGAUUGUCGGGCACCCUCCACGCUCUGUAGUUUCAUGUCCUCCUCGUCGGGGGUCUCAGGAGCGGGAGCGGAUCGAAGACCCAGGCCCACCACUGUGACGACGGUGCACUCUGGAAGCAAGUGACUGGCCCCCGGAGGUGGGGCCCAAGGGGCGGGGCCAGGGAAGGAGGCGCCCCCGGGGGCCCCCAGCGCCACCAGCCCCUCCAGAGCGAUCCCACCUUGCAUGGUGUGCCUCCCUGCACAGGACUGGAAGACGGCGGGUUUUUUUAUGGCCAUAUUUUAUACUGCAAUUCUGAAGUGUUCAUUUCUCACAAACUGUACUGACUCAAGGGAGCUGAUUUAAUAGGAUCUGGUGCUGUACAAAGGAAUCUUGCAAAGCUCUAGCGGGACGGACCUUCGGAGUCCUCUGCCCAAGCCCUGUCAUUUCCGCUCUUCUCAGUAGAGGGAACCGUCUAUGUUGUAUUUUUUCAUUCAUGACAAGAAAAAAAAAAAAGGUUUCAACUGGAUUAUUUAAGUAUCGGUAAAUAUUGUGCAUUAGGAUUUUUUUUUUUUUCUUUUUAGAAAUAACGUCCUCUCGAGCUAGACUUCAUAGUUCCGUGACCUAUCUCUUUGGCUUGGCGCUAGUGGAAUUUUAUGUUCAACUUGAAGGGAUGUUUUUUGUUUUUUUUUUCCUCCAGAGGAAAUGUAAGACUAUUUUUUAAAAUAUUCAAAGAAGAGGAGCGUUGGAGAAUCCGUCUCUGAGGGGAAGACUUGACUUCAGUUCCUUCUCUUUCUCUGCCCUUCUUCCUUGGAAGGGCCGCUCUUGGAGAAGACAGCUUUUUGUAGACGUGUCUUCUCCCCGGGGUGGGGGGCAAGGGGCUGGGGGAGGACGCCUGCAGAAAACCUCUCCUGGCAGCUCCUCCAGCAAACCCCUCACCAACUGGAGACCCUCUGGGCCUCUUGCCAUCAGCCCAUCAGCGGUCAGAAGUUAAGCCUGCUCCCCCAAGAUGAAAGGCUAGACUUGCUGGGAAGGAAAUGCCCCCCCCCAUACUCACAGCCCCCCAGCAGAGAUUUAAGAGCCUCCCUGACAGAAGGAGCAAGACGCCAUUUGGUUUGGAGUGAAUUUCCCACACAGCUCUCAUUUGUCACGAGGGGGGUGACGCGUGAAAGCCCUGCUCUCAGCUCUGCGGUUUGCAAAUGGACCUCUCUGUUUUUAACAAAUGCAUUUCUAAUCUUAUCCCUGAAACUGGCCUCUAGCUCACAUAAGUUGUUUCUGCACACGUUUAGCCCGUUCUUAGAGGAGAGUGAUCCGGGGAGGAAAGGACAUGGCCUCGGAGAAGCCUCCAGUUAUCCGGGGUGCUGAGGAGAGGUGACCUGCCCAGCAGGCAGGACACUGGCCACUGCAGGGAUGGCCAGAGACCACCCCAAGUCAGGCCCAGCUGGGGCUGAAAGCCAUCCCUCUGACCGAGGGGAUCCAGAAACCAAAGACCUCUGAUGGUGGGGUCGGCAGAGGUCCCACUCUGCCUGGACUGAGAGCUUUCCUGGGAUGUAGGACUUUGAAACAGGCAAUGGCCCAGGCACACCAGCCACAUUGUUCACCACCUGGUGGUUUGGUGUGAGGGAUAGAGCAAGCAUUAGAGCGAGCAUUGCAUGAAACCCAGGGAAAGCCUCUUUUCCAGGAGCUUCAAGGAUGCUCUCGUGUAGAGGCGAGUGGAUGGCCCCAAAGGCCCACUUGCAAAAGCCCUCCCUUGGCCCUUUUGCCCAUGCUGUGCCCUGAGUCUGCAUCUGCACAGUCGGCCUCAGGCCUGCGCUGUGUCUCUGUAUGUCUACCUGAUGGCCCAGCCACUUUCCUGGCUGUUGUCCUCACACCUUUCCCCCACUGUUGACCAGACUUGGUGGAUUCCGUCAGUCCGGCCGUCUUUGUCACUCCCACAGCUUUGCCUUGGUCCAGGCCAAAUGUCCAGUGAUGGCCCCCUCAACACACACACACACACACCACUCACACACUCACAAUCACACACACAGGGUUAUUAGGCUCAGCAGCUCCCUUCUGCCUCUCUUUAGGACAGCAGUGCAGGUGUGCAUAAGAGCAGCUAGGAAGAUAGGCAUCUGGUCUACCCCGUGUCCACAUGCCUCGGGCCCUCAGCCUCUUUUGACAGUUGACAGGAAGCCCAUUUAGCAUCUGCCACUCUUGCAUCCAGAGUGAAAAUCAAGCUAUUACUCUUCAAAACCUGUAAAAAUCCUUGAAAGGUAGACCCAGUCAAGAAGCAAGCGUUGUCUGAGUUGGAUAUGCAUCAAUCACCCGUCUUCAGGAGGACAGGGGCAGAAAAAUUACAAAGAGUAUCAGGAAACUAACAUGUCUCCAAGGGAUUUAUUAGAAUGUUGCUUAUUUACUAACAAGUGUAUUGGAAGAUUGGAGUUUCUUCAGUGUGAGAAAACAAGCCGUUAGAUGUUAUGGGGGAGGAGGGGUAAUUUGCCUGAAUUUGAUACUUAGGAUGUGUGCCUGAAUAGUUAUCAGCUCCUUGCACUGUGUGCUAUCGCUGUACAUGGUCCUUUGCCCUUGGAAAGCAAUGGCUAAAGCCACAUUUGUGGGUGAUUCGAUUAUUUUCUGGAGCCGAUGUGUGGGGUGCAUGUUCUCGCAAUUAAAUUUUGAAAGUAUGUCUCCCCUGGAAAGUGCAGAAGCCCUGGAAGACAGGGCUGGUUGCAGGUGCCUCUGUGCGGUUUGGAUCAGCUCUUGGCCAUGCUUUGCCUGUAACAUGUCAGGUCUCAAGAACAUGGUAGGAGGACAUUGUGACUGAUUUCAGUCCAAACAUACACUGUUGAACUUGACAUCAGGUGAAUGUCUGGAUGCCACUAGCCUUAGGUGCUUUGCUGUUGUUUUAGGAAGAGGAGUGAACAGUUCCCGCAUGGAAGAACUUUCGCUCUGUUGAGAAAGCCUUGGUGGCAAAAGAACAGAGGUUCCCUUUCAACUGUAUUUGGUAUCUUUUACACGUUGAUCACAACACGGGAAGAGAACUCAGAAUGUGCUUUUUGGUAGGGCCUGCCAAGUGGAGUGGCAAAGUCCUAGGACCCUCACUGAUGUCACAUUUCACCAACAGAAGCUGACCAUUUCACACGGGCACCCAGCUGACGUGUGCCCUCCAGUCCAUUGGGUGAGGCUGAAGCUAAGGGCGGACCAUGGGCUUCAUCACUUUCUUCUUUCCCUCUCCCUUUGGUCUCGUCACCUUCUCAGAGCCAGUGGGUAGUUUUUCUUGUUUGAAACAGUGUCCUCCAAUCAUCUGUCCCUCACUGGCUUCUCUGUCCCUCCCUCGUGUUCCUGAUCUCCAUCCCGUCAGGCAGACCAUCAGAGAAGCUAGCACCUGUCUGAGACAGUGAGUGUGUGCCCACACGUGGCCCCACCAGACCAGCAGCUUAUACCCUUAACCAGGGGUCCCUGGAGGCUGGCCUCCCACAGCGAGCACUUGGGGGUCUGCUGUGUUGGGUCGGGUGAAGGCAGCUAGAGCUGAGAGGGGCGGGGCGUGCCCACGUGACAUGCACACAACCCCUGAAGACCUUUAAGCGGAUGCCCAGAUAGAUGGACAGCAACUCCAGGGCUGCACGUGGCUAUUACAGGAGGCACUUUCCACCACCUCCUACUGCCCCUGAAUCCAUAGGAGGAUAGAAAAGCUAAUGACACCUUAGUGUUUCCUUUUUAAAGGAAAGAACUAUGCAGAAAACAGUACCCCCCCCAAAAAAAAACCUGAAAAAUCAAGCAUGGCUUAGUAUUCUUGAUCGUGGCAGUGAUUCCAGUGGUAUCUAAAACUUCUCUUCAGGAGCAGGGAGAAGCCUCCCCUUGGCACGGGGGCUUAUGACCUUUGAGAAGGUCCCACUGCAGCUAGCUCUUAGCAUAGCGUCCAGGGAACUGGGCAGUCAGGCUCAAGGCUCAACAGGCAAGACUCUGGCAUUUAGGAAGCAUGAACUAAUGAAAGGCAUUUGGUGUAUGACCCUGAGACUCAGUUUACCUGCCCAGCACUAAACUCAUCCUGCCCUUUCUUCUCCUUGGGUGUCCAGCAUAUCCUGGGUGGAUUGUGGGUGGGAGGGUGGGACUCCUCCCUUUCGAACAAAGGCCAAAAACACCAAGGACAGAGGAAGGGAACCCAAGUGACCCCUCCUAAAAUGGAGGGGUGACCCCUCUCUCUGGAGGAGUGACAGCUGAAUCUGAUAAGCAACAUGGGGUUUGACAAUUUUAAACACAAAAGACCAUAUCCCAGUGGAGAUAACUCAGCAUUCUAAGGCUUUGGAGCCUGGGGGCCGGUGUCGAUUCUUCACCCUGGAGAAACUGCCCUGGAAGCAUUGCUCUGGGGCUGGAGGCAGGAGAAAGAGGCUAUGGCCACUGUACUUCUCCCGUAAGACUCUCAACUUCACAGGAUACCCACAAGCUCAUGCUGGGUUUCCUCUGGAGGUGAGAAGGCACAGCAAGGUCCAGCAAGGGCAGCUCCUCCCAUAUCCAUAAACAGAAAUGAGAUGUACUCUUUCCCUGGGUGGCACAGUCAUUCUGGCGAAAGAAAUGAAGUCCUCCAAGUCUUCUGAUGCACGAAACCUUUGCAUGUUCUUCUGAAACAGCACUGCUUCCCUGUUCUGUCCACUCACACUCUGCAAAGUUGGCCUUUUCCUUAAACACAUUCCAGACCAAACACUGUUCAGUUUGUUUUUUUAAAAAAUUGUAUAUACCUGUAUGUAACCCACCACUCUCUUAAGGGGCACCUGGUCCUAGGGUGGGGCUGCAAGUGUACCUGGCACUGACCAAAAAGUGUUCCAGUUCUUUGGUUUUCAGGGUUGAAGAUGUUGAGAUAGGAAAGGCGAAUUGGGCAGAUUUCUAAAAGGAGGGCUUGUUUCCUGGAGAUGCCAAGAAAACUAGUCAGCAGGUGAGACAGCUUGGAAACCUCUACAUCGGCCAGCAGGCAGGGAGGAGAAGAGGAAGACAGAGCCCCAAGCCCCCUUCAGCCCCAACCUUCAUUGUGGUCCCAGUGCAUCGCCAUCUGAAGCCCAGGUGUGGGCACAGGAGCCCAGCCCCACUGUGAAGUCGGCCCUGCAUGCUGGCCACAGCCUGGCCUGCCUCCUGCUCUGCACCAACGGGAAGGAAUGUCAGCCCUUCCCACCUUCCCUGCCACCUGAGCAGGAGCCACUAGGCUUGUGGCUUCGGGGGCCUCCGCUUCUGCAAACCCAAAGGCUGUGCAUUUGGCAGCCAACCGUGCAGCAUGUGGCUGCCAGGUCUGGUUUCGUGGACAAAAUGUGGAAUGGCUUCUCAGUGUCUGUAUCUCUCUACACCAAAGGGACUAACUAGCGCAUUUCCCCCUUUGUACUAAUGCCGCUUCUGCAUUCGCCAUAUCCAUUUUUAACCUUUUGGUCUCCAGGGAACUUCUCAUAUGAUGAUUAUGUCUUCUGAUGAUUUACCAACUCAUUUUACUUUGAGGUGAUUUUAUUUUCUUAUGGACAGGAAAAAAAGAAAAUGAAAGGAGUCUUUGAGGCUUUAAUCAUAGAGAUAAGACAUCACCAGGGACUCAAAAGCCCCAAACACCUGAUAAAUUAAGGAAAACCUUAAUCUGGACAGACUGAGGUCCCCGGGGACCCUGGAGGUAGCCUUGCACUUGGGGGAGCAGAAGCACUGGGGCAGGGCUGACAGCCUGGCUUUUGACAUGUUACAAAAGCAAAAACAUUUUGACUGGAACAAAAAGGCUGCUUGCUGCAACACUGCAGCAGCGCCUUUGUUUUGAAAGACAGGCAGCAUGUUUCAAAGGACAUUUAUCUUAGCCCCACGUUCAGAUUGGAAGAUAAAAGGUAUAUUCUGUCCAGAAUAAAAUUUGGAACAAUUUCUAAAUUGGCUCUGGUCACCAUACAUAAUGUCAUAGUCCUUCUUGCAGCUCUCCUAACAGUGAGCGCAUUUUCCAAAAGCUUACAUCGUUGAACCCAGGAAUGUCCCUGUGUCUAUUAUUACCAGGCUUGCAAUUGGUUCACUUUUUCCGUAAAAACAUGCUUGUCCAAAAGAAGGGAAACUACAUUUAUUCCAUGCAUGUAAUAAACUCUGCAAGAAGUUUACCCCACAUAGGUUUGCGGCACUGCAAAAUUGUUAACGGGCCUGUGUAGCAAAUGAUUCUCUGCCUUGACAAUCAUGUACACAUAUCAAGAUUUCUAUCAUAAUGAUAAUGAGAUUGAUGACUUCUUGUUUUCCUCCAAUAAAGACAAUUAAUCACCUUCA